AUGCUCGUUCUAAACAACACCGUUCCUCUUUCAGUAGACUUCGUUCGUCCCGAAGACUUUUUCAUUUUCAUUUUCCACAUCGUGUUUGCAACGAGCGCAUUCCUCUUGGCAGGCUCCGUGGUAGUUGGGAUCCUCGGUACAAGGUCUCUUCGUAUUCAGAACCGAUUUAUAUUUAUGCUCAAUACCAGUAUAAGUGAUAUGUUGACUGGCCUCUCAGUUUAUUAUCUCGGUCUUUUCGACGUUCAAGAGGGAUAUCCAUCCAGGAACGGAACAUACUACAUUUUGCCAUCCUUUCUGGGGGUGAAUGUGCUGACGUUUCUAUUUGCGCAGUUCGACAGAUAUUUUGCCGUAUGCCAUCCAUUCUUCUAUAAUCGUUUCAUAACGCGCCCGUUCGUCGUUGGGAUCUGCGCGUUUUGCUGGGUAUACACCUACUCAAUAUUGACCGUGCAGAACAUGGUACCAGUUUCAAAAGCAGCUCAAAUAAACGCGUUCGGUGUAAUGACGUUACAGCUGAUAGUGUUAACGAAGGUUUUAAUGACUAUUAAAUUGUAUAUUAUUGCGAGGAACCAGCUAGGUCGCGAAGUAGCCUGUGCAGAGAGAGAAAACAAGAAGGAGUCACUGCGAAUAAUUGUAUUUGUAGUCAUUUGUUUUUUAACGUUGUGGUGCCCAUCUUUUGUUAAUAUAAUUGUCAGGCAGUUAACACGUUCUGGACUCCGGUUCCGGAACGAGGCCACGAACUUAUUUGCAAUAAUGGCGCGCUUCAACGCGCUUUGUACGCCCGCACUGUACAUUUGGGGAAGUCCUGCGUUGCGCGCAGCUGUCUGGAGAACUGUGUGGAAGAACCUAUGUCCGAAAAGGAUCAGAAGAGUGGAUUCUGAUCACGUGAAUGACGUCAAGAACAUAGCAGGAGUAUUUGUCAUAUCAAGAGGCUGGAGGCAAAACUGA